AUGGCAACCACUACACCUGCCGCUGAUGCUGGCUCGAAAAACUGGCUCAAAGAGAGGGCUGCCAUUUCCGCCGCUCAUAGACGACAAAAGACUGACCCUGCAGCUGCUCGGCUCAUCGAGAAAGCGGAUCAAUUGCAUAAAGAACGUACGCACAGACAUUUACGGGAGCCACUUGAGGGAGACGAGAAGGAUGAAGUAGAAAGAGCUCCUGUUGAAAGUAUUAUUGAAGAAGAAACUGACGGUGAGGAUAUUGACGCGAUCGUUAAUGUACCUCCUCCGGAAGAAAUUGUUGUUAAAGAAAAAGAAAAAGAUGUGGUGCGAAAAGAUAUAGAUGAAGAUCAAACAGAAAAUCAAACUAAUGAGAAUAUAUCAAAUUCUGCCGAAACUACGAAUGAAGAAGAUGCAAAGAGCAAAAAAUUCGAGUCAUCUUCGUUGUUGCCGGAUGAUGAAUCAACGGUUUCUGGAGAAUAA